AUGUCAGCUCGCUAUCCACGGGUAGCCGUUCUUCUGGGCGUCCAGCCUCGGUGGCACGUGCCGCUCUUGCUGUGUCGGGCUCUCUCCACCGUUUCGGCCGCGUGGUGGGCUUGUCAGACUUGUUUCAGUAUCUAUCGACUCGUCUCGGACUACGGCACAACGACGGGGAGCACCACAUCGUCUUUGUUCAAGUCGUCGGCGAAUGACCAUGAAGGCAUUGGCGUUGCUAGUGGCGCUGGUGCCGGUGCUGGAAACAGUGCACCGCUGCUGGAGAAUCCGAUCUUCAAACGCAUGGCCGUUGCCCAAGUAUGCUUGAGCUUUCUCUGGGCCGGCGCAGCGGCUUACCUCGCACACAUGUUCGCCUCGUCGCUGAUGGCGCGCUGGCUGCUUCACUACAGUCCCUUGGCGGUGCUGGUGCGGCUCUGCAGUCUCUCGAUCCUGCUGUCGUUCGGGUGCCUGCAGGUCUUCCGGGCCACGCGGGCCACGGAGCCCGACCUCCUCCGGCUCAGCCGCAGUCUGCUGGCCUGGAUCGCCAUCUCGAUCGCCCUCAUGCUCGCCUACUUCUCCACCCAGCACGACAUCUUCUCGGCCGACCACGACGACCGCGACGACCGCCGCCGCCGCCAGAUCCUGCGCCUCAAGUGCCUCUACGUCAUCUCCGCGUGCAGUCUGUUCAGCUUGCUCGUCCUGGUCGGCAUUCUACACUUUGACGACACUGUCGGGAUGAGCAUGAUGGGUAUGUUUACGGCCACGGUCGGGAGCAGUGGCGGGAGUGGGAGGGUGAGCCGGGCUGGGACUUUGCGGGAUUGGGUCGGGAUUUGCAAGGCGUUGGCGUCUGAUGUGCUUCAGCAAGGGCGCAGGUUUGCUUCUGGAGUGGUCAGGUUUGGAGCCGAGUUGUGA